GCGCCAAUGUGGAGAGAAGACUGGAUCAAAGUUGGGAAUCAUCCACAACCCGCACAACCCAACCCGCAACCGAGCGAUUAAUUGUUAGUGCAUCAACCAAUCACACUCACUCUGUCUGCCAAGUCUCAAACAAUAUGGAAUAAUUACACAACCUGAAGUGGAUCCGUCGUUUAUGAUCCGAGACAAAACCACUAUGCCGACACCAUCAUUCGCCACACCGCUUCCACAGUCUGCGCGGUCCGAGAUCCUCGAAUGGCGGUUCCCGAAGCCGUUCCACAGCUACGUGCUAACCGGCCGAUCGCGGGCGGCAUGGCACACGUCGUUCGUGAUCCCGCAACUCAACCUGCUGCUCGACGCCGGGUUGGUCAUCAACCGGCUGCGGCCCAAGCACGUCUUCCUCACGCACGGCCACAGCGACCACACGCAGCUGGCGCCCGUGUUCGCGACGUUGCGGGGCCCGCCCGACGUCUUCUGCCCGGCCGCCAUGGCCCCCGCCUUUGACGACUUCAUCCGCGCCCAGCGCCUGCUCGACCAGGGCGGCCUGGUCACCGCCGAAGAGUACGCCGCCGCCCGCGGCAGCCUCGUCACGCACGUCACGCACGGCCUGGAGCCGGGUGAUGUAGUACCGCUGGCCCACCUCAAGGGCAGCAGCAAUGCAUCUGCAGCUGCCAACGCCAACGCCAACGCCAACGCCAUCACAGCGACGGCAUUCGCAUGCGACCACACGGUGCCGUGCCUGGGGUACGUGUUCAGCACGACGACGCAGCGGCUGCGGCCCGAGUACGUGGGGCGCGCAGGGGCGGAGCUGCGGGCGCUGCGCGAAGAGUCGGGGGUGUCCAUCACGGCGCCCGUGACGGUGCCCGUGUUUGCGUUCCUCGGCGACACGACGCCCGCACCGCUGCUUGAUGAUUCCGCCGGGUGGCUGCGCAACGGCAUCGCCGUCGUCGUUACCGAGUGCUCGUUUCUGCACGAGGAGCACCGCGCGCAGGCCGCCAAGACCAAGCACACGCUCUGGGCCGACCUCGAGCCUGUCGUGCGCACCUGGCCCCGCACUACCUUUGUGCUGACCCACUUCAGCAUGCGCUACUCGGACGACGACGUGCGCCGCUUCUUUGCCGGUUUGUCCGACUGUCCUAAGAAUAUCGUCGUGUGGGUUGAUGGGUUGGACCCGGGAUCGAGAGGCGGGGGUGAAGGGUUUUUGGCGGAGGUGGAGGUAUCCGAGGCCUUCCACCAACAGGCCCUCGAGUUUGAGCUUGAAUGCACGAAGGAUAUCUUUUACUUUGUCCGGGUCGUCUUCCGCUUCACUGUCCUCGUCGUCAUCCGCUUCGCUGUUGUCGCCGUCUUCCGCUUCGCUGUCGUCGUCCUCUUCCACUUCGCUGUUAUCGUCGUCGUCUUCCAAUUCACUAUCAUCAACGUCUUCCACUUUACAUUCCGCAUAGGAUGGGUGUGGACCUCGAGGGAAUAG